UUACCCCAUCUGCAUCCACUCGCAUCCACUGUCACUGCCACUGCCACUCAUUCAUGCACAAAACCUUGUAAGUUGGGCUGGGUUGUGUUGCAGGCUCUUUUGGCACCUACCCUGGACCAUAGAACGGAUCCGGCCCAUAUAAGCGGAGACCGGUUUAGUUUAGUUUCCGACUUCCGAGUUCUUUCAUCUUCUCCGACCAUGCUCCGUCAACAGAAACCUAGAUUAACAAACCUAUGACCAUGCUCCAGCAAUACAACAAAAACAGUACUGGGAUGAAUCCUCGAUUCUUUGGUAUCAUUCCCGACCGCGAAACCCACCGUCAUCGUCCUUUCCAAAACUCGACCACCCACUCUGUAAGUACCCGUCAUUCUUCUUCAUAUAUCGUCACAUGUACUCUCAUCAGGCCGCCUCUCGAAAGCACAUUGAUUUUCCUUUUUUUGGUUUCAUCUCGUGUUGUCGGUCAGCAUCUCUUCUUAAUUUGAACUAACUUUUCUUGUAAAUUGAUCCGCAAGGCUGCUGUAGCCUGUAAGUACCAGCUUCCCUGAAAAGUUGCAAUUUUGAAUGCUUUGUUGGGAACUUGGGAUCGUUGAUGGGCAAUUGUGGGCUUUGUUGCACAUUUUUCUCAACAUUUUCAAACCAGAGCCAGGAAUUCUGCUACUCUCUUUGUAUCGAUGGUUUAAGAAUUUUGUCUUACUGAGUUGCCCGGUUGCAGGUCGGCGAGUUUUUCUGGUCCGGACAGUCCGCUGCCAUGUCUGCCUCAUUGACGCCUUCCAAGAGACCGAAUGAUCAGAAUGUUAAUGAAUCGAAUGGGAAAGGGCAGUUUCUCUCUAAUCAAGUUGGUUGCAUCUAGGGGAAGGGUGGCAGCAGGAUCAAGCUGAUGACAAAUGAAAGUGGUGCACAGAUCAGGAUCAUUCCUAGGGAUAAACUUCAGACAUGUGCAUAGGCUCAAGAUGACAUUGUUUAGUUAAUACUGCAUGAUCCCUCGUGAUCUACAAGUUAGAUUCAUGUUUCCUCUUAUCUGUUUAGUUGAUCUCCAAAUUUACCAUAUUGGUUUCAUUUUUGUAGCCACUCCUUAAGUUUAGCAGUUAUUGUUCCUUGAGCUCAUUAAUACUCGUGUUUUUCAAUUACUUUUUACAUUGUUCCCAAAAGUCAGUUUGCUGCCAUGCUCGUAAUAUUUGUUCUUCAUCUGUUGCUUGUAAUGUUGUAGGUCACCGGAGAGAUUGAUGUUGUUAAGAGAGCUCUUCAUUCAGUUUCUAUGCAACUUUUGGGAAAUGCCGUUAAGGAUCAGAAUUUGGGUUCUGCCACAUCGAUUGGGAUUUCAUCUCAACCACGGGAUCAUCCUCAUCCAACGGAAGAAGCUAAUCCACCUGCACAUCAUUUUGUUGUUUCACGUCGACCACCAUACCCUCCUGGACCUCUUGAACCUAUACUAACCUUCCGCUUACUAUGUCCUGAAGAGAAUGUAGGAGGUGUCUUUGGGAAAGGAGGAUCUAUAAUAAAGGGCCUCCAGCUAGAAACAGGUUAUGAGAUUAAAGUUAUGGAAGUUGUCCCAGAUUGUGCAGACCGUUUGAUAGUUGUCUCUGGUUCAGUGGUAUGGCCUCUGGCAUGUUCAUCUUUUCAAUCCCAUCCUCCUUUUUUAUUGGUUCGGUCAUUUAUUUUUACUGGCAAUAUAUUUACCCUAUUUCCAGGAUUUGUUUCCUUUAUGAUCAUUCUCCUUUUAUGCAUAAUCUUCACUCUUCACCUCAACUUGCUUAUAGCUAGGUAACGUAUCUCUUUUAUGUCUGAAUAAUUCGAAUUUACAUAUUGGAUUGGUAUUCAGAUUCCGUAGUUGCUGUAUCUCUUAACUUCUCAUUAUUGCCAAUUGGAUGUCAGAUUUAUUAUGGAAAAAUUACCCUCACUGACCCAAAGCCUGGAGCAACAGAGACCAUUAUCAUCAUAUCCGGGACAGCCGAACAGACAAAUGCUGCUUGAGCAUUCCAGUUCAGUUUCCGUCAACAGAAGAAACUGGAUCAGGCCUUCCACAGAUCCGACUGCAGCGAACAGCGACACAACCAGGCAUGUCCAGCUCAAUAUUUUCAACCACGUCCAGGUGAUGGAGAACUUGGGAAUCUUGGCCCUUGCAAUGUACAUCUCUAUGGGGAAAUACACGGUCAACGGCCAGAACGAUGCUGCCCCAAUGAGCCCCAGAAAGUCGUUGAAGAACGGGAAGAUCAUCGCGAGGACUACCGUCACCACCACGUAUGCAGACCUCCAGACAAGCCUGAACAAGUUGACAUAGAAGGCCCCGAUGAAUGGCACGGUGAUCGGGUGCUCCCUUGUGAUGAACUUGUUUUCGGGCCAUUUCUUCUGGCAGUUGCUCUCCACGAAGCUGAAUAUCGGCUGGCAGAAGACCUGUAGAAAGCAACAAGUUAGUUCUUUCUUAUGGUCCGACUGAGGCAGUGUAUGGAGAAAAUGGUAGAGUAGGGGGAUCGAGGAGGGUUUUGUUAUACCUGGUAGGCGCCUACGAGGUGAAUUGCGAUGCAAAUGUUGGCGAUAUCGAUCAACCAAAAAGGCUCGUAGAACCCGAACCCUGUUAGGAAAUUGCCUGGGGCGUUGUUGCCAAAUGCAGCGUAGCCGACACAACCGCACAGGACGUAGAAAACGGUGGUGGUCGUGAUCCCUGCAAGACUUGCCCUUUUCAUUUCCUUGUUCUCCGGCGGGCUUGAUCGCAGGGUGUCCUGCAAACCCAAAUCGAGAGUACAACAUGUUAGGCUUUCAGAAGAUCAAGAGACAAAAACAUGUCUAGUUUCUAUUGGAGGGAGAGGACGAGUCCAAUCCAUCGCAUUCAAAGGCCCAAACAAAAUCCGGCAAAGAAGAUGGGCCCACCCAAUUUGCUAUGGUGGACGGUGCAUGGCGAAUCUGCUGGUGGCCCAUCAAAUUCCAAAGGUAAGCUACAAGAGAUGCGGCUAAAUGCAGGACUCCUACUUUAUAUAAAUGGUCCAUCAGUUAUCCUUCUUCACGUGAUUCACAAUCAAGUAGUGGACUACGCGCUACUACAACCAUGACGAUGAUUGAAGAUCUGUUGUAAUAAAGAGAUAGCACAGACGCGUGGCGAGAGGAGGAAACAUGACAAAAUGGGUUGGGUUGGGUUGGGUUUGGUCCCUCACCCUAGACUUGACGAUAUGUACGUGGAUGGUCACAGUUCAUCAAAAAAGCUAGCUUAUUAGAAGAAGAAGAAGAAGAAGAAGAAGAAGAAGAAGAAGAAGAAGAAGUAAAUCAUCUGUUUGAUGACAAGUGCAAGUUGUUGACAACUCCCAAUCAUAUACGGCUUCAUUUUGUUUCUGGUCCUGGCUCCUCCUCCAGUCUUACCUAAAGAAAGGGAUUUCAAAACAAUUCUUCCGUUGCUAGGGCUGUAAGUGUAAGUUUGAAGGAAGGUUUCAGAAAAGAUUUUGACAGCUAGGCUUUUCGGAAAGUGAUUAGGAAUAUUUUUGACUUUAACUACCUUUAAUUUUCCACUGUUAUUUUCAACUACCUAGCUAAUAACUGUAAGUUUUGAGCUAUUUAGGAAUAUUAGACUUUAACUACACUGCCCACAGAUCUUGGGCCGUGAAUUCAGCAGGCAGAGGCAGGGAGGGACACUGAUAAUAAAGUGGGCGGUGAAUG